GUCGAUUGUAAAUCUUAUGGGUGAAAAUUUGAUCAAUGAAAGAUUUAGUCAAAUGGAUAAUUCAAACAAAGGCGAUUGUGUAACUGAGAUACCUAAAAGAAUAAGUCGAGUAAGAAAAGCUUCUGAAAUAAGUGACUCGACUACAUUGUACAAAAAUAAGCCUCGAACUACAUCUUUACCUUUGAAUGAUCUUCUUACCAGUUCAUUUCUUCAAGCAUUUCGUGUGCAUCAUGUUUCAAUCUAUCCUAAUUUAAAUCAAGUUAUAGAAAUGGCAGUCAAUGAUAUUCAAGAAAAACAAGAAACAAUGGAUAGUAUGGAAAAAUCAUUCAUGAGUUCUUCAGAAAAAUUCAAUCAAACUUUAGAAAAUUUAUACAAUGAAACUGAUUCCAAACUUAUUCAGGAAGAAGAAUUAAUGAGACAAAGGUUAGAAAAAAAAUGUGAAGAACUGAAAAAUAAUACCAAUCAAAUUAUUGAAGAGAAAGAAGAACAAACUGAAAUUUUAAAAGAAAAGUUAAAACAAAUAUCCAUUUUAACAGAUGACUUACAAAAAGAAACAGAAGAUGAUAAAUGUAUUAUGGAAAAGGCAAAAACACAAUGUCAAAGUAUUCUCGAUGAAAUUGAAGAAUGUGAACAACUAAUUGAUGAAAGUAAAGAAGAUGUAAAAGAAUUACAAACAAUGAAGAAAACUGAAAGUAUAAAAAAAGAAAAAGCAGAUGUCACAGCAUGUCAUAAAAUUCAAGAAGAACGUGAAAUAUUGAUGAAAAAGUUAAAUGAAUUAAGGGAAAUUAAUCGUUGUCUUCGAGAUCUAAAAGAUGAAACAUCUAAUAAUAAAGAUUCGACCGAUUACGAAAGAAUAUUAAGUUCAGAAGCUUUUCAUGUUAAUGAAAAUAAGAAUGAGGAAGAAUUAUUAAAACGAACAUAUUUUAACAAAUUACCUAUCAGACAUGAAGAUUCAAAAGAUGAAGAAAGUGAAGAAAUGCAUCCACAAGAAAUAACUAGUUACAAGAAGAAUGCGGAAGAUACUUUGGACAAUAACAGUAAAAGAUCAUUUGAAUUGAAUGAUUCAAAAUCAUUAAUAUUCAAAGUAUUAUUGAUUGGCAGUUUUGGUGUUGGUAAACAAGCUCUAUUGAAUAGGCUAUCAUCAAAUAAUUCGAAUCAACCUUUGGAUUUAGAUGAAAAGAAAAAUAACCUGACAAUAUCAUCAUCAUCUUAUGAAAUAAAAAUUGCAAUUUAUCAACAUAAAUUAGAUAAUGUAAAUUAUUUAAUUCAAUUUAUGAAACCUCCUACUAUUAAUUUUUUAAAUCUUCAUGAUUAUAUUGGUCAUAAAACAUGUCGUACUUUUUAUGAAAAAUCUGAUGGAAUAAUAUUGAUUUUUGAUAUAUGGUCAAAAGAAACUUUAUUUGAAUUAGAAAAAUAUUAUUAUACAACUAAAGAGAAUCAAAAUCAACUUAUUCGUAAACCAAUUUAUAUGGUAUUAGGUAAUAAAAUUGAUUUAUUGCCAACACAAUCAAAUAUACUACUGAAUAAAGUACCUGAUAAACGUAUAAUAGAUUUUGUUAAUAAAACUUAAAUUAGCUAGUGAGAAAACCAACCAAUCGAAUGAAAUCAAGAAAGAUAAGAAAAUG